AUGCGUGUCACAGCACCCGAACAAGUACACAAUGAAGCUUCCAAGCCCGUCCAACAUCCGGCCCACGUCGUGAUCGAAGCUGGACCGCAUGAACAAUCGAUCCUUCACGACCGUCCCUUCGAAGCAUCACUGGCCACUUUGCCCGACAACAUCUCCCGCCGCGUCCUUCUCAACUACGUCCCCGAAACAUGUCCUACCACCCAGGUCCUGCAAGCUGUCCGCAGCAACGUCGGUCUCGUGGACGUCUUCCGCUGCCCCCAACUCCUAGGGCAGCCUGACGACGCCCACUUCGACACCGUGGCAAUCAACUUCUACGAUCCCGACGACGCGCGCCUCUACGUGGCGCACUGCCGACAAUACCCCGCCUUCCUCGAGGGCGCUGACCAGGUCGCCUAUCAACUACACGUCCAGGAUCUGCCCCGCUGUCCACGAGAGGCACUCGCCCAGUCUGUCGAGCGCAUGGUCGACGAGGGCUACACCCGCACCUAG